GUGGAAUUGGCUGUGUCGGCCGUGACAAGGGCCAGGUUCGAAAAUGCCUCGAUGUGGUGGAGAUCUACAACCCGGAUGGGGACUUCUGGCGAGAGGGCCCGCCCAUGCCGCAUCCCAUCCUCUCACUCAGAACCAACUCCACCAAUGCGGGAGCCGUGGACGGGAAGCUGUAUGUCUGCGGGGGCUUCCACGGAGCAGAUCGCCACGAGGUGAUCUCCAAAGAAAUUCUGGAGUUGGACCCUUGGGAAAACCAGUGGAAUGUGGUCGCCGUCAAUGUCCUCAUGCACGACAGCUAUGACGUCUGCCUGGUGGCCAGGAUGAACCCCCGAGACCUCAUCCCGCCCCCCUCAGAUCUGGUGGAAGAAGGCAGCGAGCACUGAGGCCAAGGCUGCCAGAGGAGCUCCCGCUCGGCUUGCCAACCAGGCGUGGGAAUGGGGAGCCCAUGGCGCCGGCACUGUGUGCAUAGCAGCCUGUGUGCGGUGGCUUGUGCUGGUGCUGGGAGUGGGGGGUGCAGGGGCUUCCCUCAGGGGCUCCCAGCCUGACGGUAGAUGGGACCCCAGAGUGUGGGUGAUGGAGGAACCUUGUUCUGCUGGGGACUCAAGAAUAGCACUGCCGAGAGGGGGGCCUCUCAACAAAGAGGGGAGCAGCCCAUGGGUGUGGUUGAUGGUGAGGUCAUGGGAAAGCCAGGCAAAGACCUCCAAGGUGUUCCAGCCAGUCAGGCUACACCGCCUGGGGCACAGGAUUUGCUGCUAACUCGAGAAAAGCAGUUGGAGCUAAAUGACCAACACCUGGAAGAACCAACAAGUGAGCUUGGACCUCAUUCAGAAACCCCAACAUUCAGACGCGCUUAAUUCUGUGAAAUAGAGUGCCUGCUUGCGUUAGUGCUUAUUUUGAGCUCUGGGUGCCUUUUUUCUGAUUUUCAUAUUUGAAAUUAAAGUCAACCGUAGCUGCCUUCCUGCGCAUAAGCAUGGCCAGAGGCUCAACUUUGGGGUGCUUUCCUAGCCGACACUGCCUGAAGGGUCUUACACAGCCUCUCCUACUCACUGGUGGUUGUUUUUGUGGCAGGACUGCUGAUGCUGGGGGACACAGUAGGAAGUGAUCUGGAUCUGGGGCUGAUAAGACCGCAGCAUCAGCUGCACCUGGACCCUGUCUUAACAGCCAGCAUUGUUCUCAGGCUGACUUACAAUGAGCAAAUGCUUUCGAUGCAAACACAAAAUAAAUUUUUACUAAUAAGAGAUUGUUGCCAUUUUGGUUUUCAUAUUGCAAUUUGAUGUAAGUUGCAUUUGAACAAGGGCUCCUGUGCUUUGCACAUCGAAAGGUCCAGGAGUGACCAGCCAGAGCAGCAGUCUGGAAGGUGGGGGAGGGGCCACAGGUGACCCAUUUCAGGGACAGUGGAAGUUCAGGAGAGAUGAGGCUAGUCACAAGCGACCUCAAAGCGACCACGGAGCUGGGUCCUUGGGCUCCAGCCACAGGGUUUCAGCAGGAGGCCUUUGAGAACACCUCUUCCCAGCCAUCUAGCUGAACAGACACGACGCCCAGCAGGAGGUGCUGCAAGAGCCAUUCCAGCACAGCUUCCGCAGAGGACAUAAGCCUGAGCCAGGGUCAGAGAGCAGGAGGAUGCCAGGAGAUUGACCAAAUGAGAUGGGCAAGUCAGCCAAAAGCAGAGACUAGGAAAUCUCUCAAGCGGCCCCCUCUGUUGGCAAGGGCAGCCCCUGACCCCCGUGCUCCUCAAAGAGAGCCUCUUAUGGAAGGUUUGGGCCCCUCACCAGGGCCAGCAGGGUCACUAAGGGACAGGAGGAGAGGCACCAAGGUAGCUGUCAGCCUAUUACUUGGCCUGCUCUAGCAGACCCAGUGGGCUUAGAUGGGUGCUCCCUACAGCUGUCCCCCGCUUGUCCUGGUUUUCAGAGAAAGGCACAUGUCCCAGUGUAAACCAUGACCCUAGGCCUCUUGCCAGUGUUUAGUGCACAUGGCCAUGUGGCAAAGUCCUGGCCAGAAGCAUGUCGGGAAGCUGCAGAGGGCCUGGGAAAAGCUGUUGCAAGGGGCUGAGAGGAGCUGCUUUCUACGAGUCUGAGUCACCUAUCCUCUGGACACUGACUGGCCUAUGACCCAGGGGUGGCGUGGGGCAGGUGUGGGGCUGCAGUCCAUUCAGAAGGUCAGAGGGGGACUGGACAGGAAGAACCUAGUUCUGGCUGAUGUCAUAGGAUUAAACACUUGCUAACUGUUACAAUAACUGUACUUUUUGUUCUGGCCACCUCGAGCCACCUGCAGCCCACGAUUUCCUGACUGACAGCCUCCCCAAACCUCGUUCUCUUGGAAGCACAUUCAUCAUCCUCACCACCUGGGAGGUCCAGGCCCAGCCAGUCCUGGCCCCUGGUCUGGUGAUGAGGCUGUCAUCAUUGCAGCAGGGCAAGUUCCACGCGGCCUGAACCUGCUGACGGUUUGCAAUGCCACUUCUCUGGCAUUUCUCAAGUAAGUCUCUGAGUUCGCCCAACAUUUGCAUGUUUACUGCAAAUUCCAUCCACCACUGGCACCUGGCUACACUGCUUGCUUUUAUAAUGAAGCCAUACUUGUUCCUAGAUUGUCCUGGAGCUCAGGCAUCUGAAGGAGCAGGUAGCCUGGCAGCAUCCUUGCUCUGCUGCCCUGGCUGUCUGCUCAGACUCACCCCACCAGGGUACCUUGUCAGGGAUUGACACCGGCUGGCUCCCCCCGGCCAGCCAACAGUCCAUCUGCAGGUUGGAUGGAAGCAGGCUGCCAGCAGGUGAGAACUGAGUGGAGCUGAUUCCAGACUCAAGGACACUAGGAUCUUUGGGGGAGAGGAUCACCGGCUGGGAGUCUUCCCUGGUUCAUUUAAAACUGAGAACCUGGAGAAUGGUAAGGCCAUGAGCAGGAAAACCCAACAGUCACUGGAAUAAAUGCAGACUUGAACCUUGUGUGGGAAUCCAGCACUGGCCCUCAAGAAGGUAAGAAUACCUGCAUGCCAAGAAUGCUGACAGGCUCUCAGGUCAAGACAGGCUGAUGGUGCAGACCUAGGGAGCAGGGACCCCUCACUUACUUCACACCUUCCCCAUCACCAUCUGCUGGUCUUAUUCUGCCCAAGCAACACUCCCUUUUUCCUGGUGCUAACACUCUGCUGUCCAGGACAAGCCCUCCUGUGACGCAUGCCCAGGCCUGCUUCCCUGGUGACUGCCUCAAGUGGGCAUUCCUAAAUGACCAGCGCAGCACUUGAGAUGCAACCGUCAAUAGGGCAGCUGCUCCCCGUUGUGGCCAGGUAGAACAUCAGUCGGUCCUGUGACCAAGAAGUGGACUGGUCCUGACACCAGGUGGAUACAACCUCCCUUAGCACCAGGGAGCACACCUGCAGGAGUUGCUUGGGACAAAACCUGUACAGCUGAGGUCAAGGGAAGCAGAAACAUGAGAACAUGUCCUAUAGACUUAGUCCAGGCACAGGACACAUAAUGUCUACAGAUCUAUAACAAAAAAAAAAAAAAAGCACAGACAAUAG